CACCAGUUCCCUUUUCUUGUCACACAGCCUCUAGAGAUUAUAUAGCAGAAAUGGAAUGUGUUGGAGUCACUAUGUUUCUGCUCAUGUCCACCAUAUUUCUAAUAAUUCCUGGUACGGACACUAAAUGCACUGAAUGUGUUUCACUGCAGCCCACACAGCAUGGAAAAGUGGGGGACUCGAUGCUCCUCAAAGUUGAGACUCAUUUUGAUGUCCAGAAUGUGACGUUCCAGGGGUCCUGGUACAAGAUUAAGCCUAAUAACACUCUUUUGGUCACUUUCGACAACAUCAAUGCCAUCCCAAAUCUGCGGCUAACGAACCGUCCGGCACUCAGUUUGCCUGAUGUCUCACUAAAAUUUGUCCAUCUGGAUGAAGAGACACAGGGGGAAUAUGAGCUGCAGAUCAACAUCGUCUUCCCAGGAAUUCCCAGCCCAGUUGCUGCCACAAAAAGAGUGACAGUCACAGUCAGCGUGCCUGUGUCCAUCCCUGUUAUUAAUAAGACCCCAGAAUCAGAACUGGUGGAAGACAGGGACAAUGUGACGCUGACUUGUUCUGUUGAACAUGGGACAAAUGUUCAGUACAAAUGGCUAAAAAACAACAUGGUGGUUGGACCAAGUGAGCGGCAUACAUUCUCACAAGAUUAUGGGACACUUGUUAUAAACCCUGUCAAGAAAGAAGACAUUGGUCAAUACAUUUGUGAGGCCCAAAACCACAUUAGCAGUAAGCUAAGCAAACCGGCUGAACUCAUUGUGUUCUAUGGGCCUUAUAACUUGGCAGUAAAUUCUGAACAAGGUCUGAAAACUGAAGGGGUGUUCAUGGUGAACCCGGAGGAACUGGUCUUUUUUGAGUGUAUUGCGGACUCCAACCCUCCCAACACCUGCGUCUGGAUCUCUAAGACAAAGAACAGCACAGAGGUUCUCAUGACUGGACCACGGUUUGAAGUGAAGCCGCAUGAAUUACCCCAGGGUAAAGAGUUCUUGUGCAGGGCAUUCAACAAUAUGACUAAGAAGCAGGACGAGACCAAGUUCACACUGGUGAUGUCCAGUAUUGGCAAAGGAAAAGCAAAAUAUAGCCAGGAAGGAAGUGCGCUGUCUCCAUUGACUUUCAUUACAAUCUCUUCAGUCGUCAUCAUAGUGUGUAUGAUGUUUGUGCUCCUAAGGAAGAGCUGCCAUCCAAGAAGAAUGAUAAAGACUAUCUACAGGCGGCCAAUGACAGAGCAGAGAGGACUGCACCGCUCUGGUCAUGAAGAUGCAACUGAAGACUUUGGCAUUUAUGAAUUUGUCUCUGUACCUGGGAAAAUGGACUCGACACAGGCAUCCUGCAGGUCUUUGGCACGGCUCGAUUCAGUCAAAGAUUUGCAUACCACCAUCUAUGAUGUCAUCAAACAUGUGCCUGAAACUCCAACACUGAGUCUUUUGAAAUGAGAUAGUCAUGAGCGCACGGAUGUAAAGAUGAAAGGAGUUUCACUAUUUUUUCCUGCCAAUUUUUUUCUCUACAGUCACACGUUUUGUUUUACACACUUCUUUUGUUUUACAGUUAUUUGUUUUUAUACUACUUGAGGUCUGAAAAUCAUACAUUUAUAAACUUGAAGUUUUUAUUGUCUUAAAAAGAAUAUAUAAGAGAACUAUGAGAUUUUUUUUUUCUGUAGCAACAUGCUUAAUGAAAAGCUGAGAGUAUUUAUAUAUAAAUACGGUCGUCAUCUAACGUUGUUGUUGUUCCUGCAUUAUGAAUGUAAAUAUGAUGUAUGCAUUUUGUACUAUGAAUCUGUAUUUUUUUUGCACACUGCAGCGUAUUCUGUAAUAUUGCUCAUUACAUUUUCAAGAUGCCACAUGCCCGUUCCAUACUUUUAAUGGGUAGCAGUUUGUUGAAUAUAAAACAGACAUCUUCUGUCUGUUUUGUUGUCUAUGUGUUGCACCUGCACCUGUUCAAACCUGUUUAAGCACAGAUGGAUUUUAA